CAAUACGCAGUUCCUCAACCGACCACGAGGGUGGCGCUCGAGCGACGCGUUUGACGCCAACCAACCACAUCCUGCAGGAAGAAGAAGAAGAAGAAAAAGACUGUAGCAGGAUGGCACAGUUGGGUGCCAUAUUCUCAAUAGUCGCCGCUCUCGGGGGAGCAGCUCUCCUCGGCUCCGUGCACAAGAUCGAUGAGGGACACACCGGUGUUUACUACAGAGGAGGGGCUCUCCUGACCACCACCAGCAGCCCUGGUUUCCAUCUGAUGCUUCCAUUCAUCACCACCUACAAGUCUGUUCAGACGACAUUGCAGACAGACGAGGUGAAGAAUGUACCGUGUGGCACAAGCGGAGGAGUGAUGAUUUACUUUGACCGCAUAGAGGUGGUGAACUUUCUCGUCCCGUCAGCAGUGUUCGACAUAGUGAAGAACUUCACGGCGGACUACGACAAAGCUUUGAUAUUUAACAAGGUUCACCACGAGCUCAACCAGUUCUGCAGCGUCCACUCACUGCAGGAGGUCUACAUCGGCUUGUUUGACCAAAUCGAUGAGAACCUGAAGUUAACUCUGCAGGAGGACUUGACAUCCAUGGCGCCCGGACUCAUCAUACAGGCGGUCCGAGUUACAAAGCCCAACAUCCCGGAGAGCAUUCGAAGGAACUACGAGCUCAUGGAGAGCGAGAAAACGAAGCUGCUGAUUUCCCAACAGACACAGAAGGUUGUGGAGAAGGAGGCAGAAACGGAGAGGCUCAAAGCUGUGAUAGAGGCUGAGAAGGUGGCACAAGUGUCGGAGAUAAAGUUUGGACAGAAAGUCAUGGAGAAGGAAACCGAAAGGAAGAUCUCCGAAAUUGAAGACAGCGGUUUCCUGGCCCGGCAAAAAGCCAGAGCAGAUGCAGAGUUUUACACAUCCCAGAGAACAGCCGAGGCCAAUAAGCUGAAGCUAACACCCGAGUACCUGCAGCUGAUGAAGUACAAGUCCAUCGCAGCCAACAGCAAGAUCUACUUCGGCAACGACAUCCCCCAGAUGUUCGUGGACUCCGGCUCCGCGGGGAGCUCCAUCACGGCCUCCGCGCUGGACGUGGUCGCCGAGCAGAUCCUGGACCUGGAUUAGCGCGUGACCCCGCCCCCCCCCCCCCCCGACCGAGCGUGGAAAGGACUGUCGGCCGGAGGGCGGGCGCCCAGCCCUCAGCUGGCAGGAGCCGCAGCCCUCUGACUCUGAGAAUCUCCGCUGACCAACGUCUGUAAUUCUCAAACUCUUUCGGAAUAACUGCCAGAAAGCCCCAACGUAAGUACGACUAGGAUGUAACCUCCUCCGAGCCGAGGACUUGAGCCAAGCUCCCUUUGCGCCUACUCUGUUGGGAUGGAUCACAGAGCAGUAAAUAAUGUGGAAUGAAGACUACUCGAACUGUGGGUGUAUAAUUAACUAAUUUAAAAUUCCGCAAGCGUAAAACCACUAUUUUUAAGUCCACUUGCCCUCAUUGUAGCAAUCGUGCCGCAUUCGUUUAGCCACAACAUCAAGGACCACAAAUCCAUUAUUACUCGUGUGUUCAUAUCAGUUCUCAUUAAGCAUUUGAAGUGACAAUUGUUCAGCGGCGGUGGAAUCAAAUGUGUUAGUUCAUCUUUUAUGGGCAAUGAAUUAAUUUGCCAAACCGUGUCUGCUAGUUGUUGUUUUUUUAAACCAAGAAAUCAAUGGCAUGAUUAAAAUCAAUUAUUUCUAAAGUGAUGGGUUUCUGAUUUCAGUAGUAAAACAAAAUAUUAGCCUCUCAUUGCUCUCCGCUGACAGACCAUUUUUAUCAGCUUUUGCUAGUUACAUAAUGAAGCUAACACGCUAGCGCCAUGUGUUGAAAAACGCCUUGUCCAUUUUAAAUGUUUACAGCUGACUCCUUUAAAAACAAGAAUGUUGGCAGCAAAGGGAUCAUAAAUAUUCACUUAAUUAAUGGAUAAAAAUCCACCUAUAGUCUGAGGCUAAAGCCACAUGGUUCACGUGAAGUCAUAAACUUCAUUUUUCAAUCCUCUCAAUGUAAAUGUGGUGUGCUAAUUAUUUCACUCCGAAGUAAAGCAACUGUUAGUAGUAAACUAGUUAGUUCGAUAUGCUAACAAAUGCAACUUAUCCGAGCACAGAUGCAUCCAUUUCUUGUAUUUGGUGUUUUGAAAAGACGGUAAAGGGAUCUUACUAAACUUUUUCAAAAUCAGCACAUCUCUCUUUCUGCAGGCCAAAGCGCACUGAAUAGUGGCGGGAUUUUGCUAACGAUCAAUUGCAACAACGCUGUGUGAGUGAAGCACAUCCAUUCCAAAAGGAAAGCAAAUAAAAAUGUUCCUCCAGAAAGCUUUUAAGCCCAGUACACGAGUUCGCUGCUGGUUUAGGACAGUUCUUAAAAAUGUUAAUACUGCUGUUAUAUGUGUCGCUCUGAGGAUGGUAGACUGUGAUUUCCUAGUGCUUUUAUGAGUACAGGCCUGAGUGUAGUUGAACCACAGGGACGAUGAAUGUACCGCGUCGUAGCUGCUGCCUGUCAGAUUUCGAAUGCGUCACUCCAUUUCUUUGUUUUGUCUCUGUAUAAAAAGUUCUUUGGGCACCUGUUGAAUUUGUCUGUCUGAAGUUGCUGUACACGUAUCUAGCACUUUUGUUUUUGUCACUGUACAUUCAGGGGAGAGAUAUUCGUGCAAUGUGAGCUGUGAUCCAAACAGGGCGUCCUUUGAAAACGUUUGGUUGGUUUAUGACAAUAAAAGCUUUUUGUACUACAGUAUGCUCUUCAUGUGACGGCUCGGAGACAAACGUGUGGGAACAUCUUUUCUCAACGGGCAAUUUUUUAUGCCGUUAUGGACAAUAUCACUUCAUGAAUGGUUCAUAUGCGCAAGUGGCAAUCUGCCAACAGCCUUUGCCCUGGAGGAGUCUUUUUCAUAAGUUUUGACUUGAUUAGGAACAAAAACCACCAGGUGGUCUCGCACUGAUUACAUGAGUCUCCUGUAGAGACACAAGUUGGUUUGGAUGCCACCUGCAGCUCAGCUGUGAGAGUGAACCUCUCACAGCUGAGCACGCAGUGGUUGUGAUCUUUUUUUUUCCCUUGCAAGGAAAUAAACUGAGAGACAUUUGA